GUAAUUUCACCAUUAACGAUCUUUACCUAAAGCACAGUUGUCCAUGUGUAUGUGUUUUUUGUUCAGCCGAAAAAUAACAGAACAGUCUCCUGUAAACCAUGGGCAUCCUUGAAAAGAUAUCUGAGAUUGAAAAGGAAAUAGCAAGGACCCAGAAAAACAAAGCCACUGAGUACCAUCUGGGAUUGUUGAAGGCAAAGCUUGCCAAGUAUCGAGCACAGUUGUUGGACCCUCCAAAGUCAGCAGGUGCUGGAAAGGGCGAAGGCUUCGAUGUGAUGAAGUCUGGUGAUGCCCGAGUGGCAUUAGUUGGAUUCCCCUCUGUUGGCAAGUCUACCCUCCUCAACAAGCUCACCUCCACACACAGCGAGUCAGCCAGCUACGAGUUCACCACCCUCACCUGUAUACCAGGGGUCAUUCAGUACAAUAAUGCCAACAUUCAGUUGCUGGAUUUACCCGGGAUCAUAGAAGGAGCUUCUCAAGGCAAGGGGCGUGGUCGUCAGGUGAUUGCAGUGGCCCGUACGGCUGACCUUGUCCUCAUGAUGCUUGACGCUGGUAAAGGUGACAUACAGAGGAGGUUACUGGAGAAGGAACUCGAGGCAGUGGGCAUACGACUCAACAAGAAAGUCCCUAACAUUUACUUUAAGGUGAAGAAAGGAGGAGGUAUGUCCAUCAACUCUACUAUCACUCUCACCAAAAUGAGCGAGAGAUUGGCACAGCUCAUUCUACACGAGUACAAGAUAUUCAACUGUGAGGUACUGUUCAGAGAAGACUGCACUGCAGAUGAUUUUAUUGACAUCAUUCUAGGAAACAGAGUCUACCUGCAGUGCCUCUAUUGCUAUAACAAGGUAGACCAGAUCAGCAUGGAGGAAGUGGACCGUUUGGCACGGGAACCGGACAGCAUUGUGAUCAGCUGUGAGAUGGAACUGAACCUGGACAUCCUCCUCAGUCGAGUGUGGGACUACCUCUCCCUCAUUAGGGUCUACACAAAGAAAAGGGGAGAACCUCCUGAUUUCAAGGACGGGCUUAUUUUGAGGAAGGGUUGUACAGUUGAUCAUGUGUGCCAUGCCAUUCAUCGAACCAUUGUGGACACGUUCAAGUACUCCCUCGUCUGGGGUACGAGCACCAAGUACAGCCCCCAGAGAGUAGGACUACAGCACUCCAUGAACGAUGAGGAUGUUAUACAAGUAGUAAAGAAAUGACAUUACUAGCACCAUAAUUGUUUGUAUUCAAUCAUGAAACAUCAGCUGAUUGCUAAAAUAAGCGUUCAUACUGUAUAAUAAACAA